AUGCAAUCUCUGAAAGACAUAGUUCCGGCAGCCCAGAACAAUGUCAACACCCGGUUCAUUAUACUGGAGAAGGGGAACGUAACUAUGGAAGGGCAAAACAAGACAUGCUUGGCGCUGGUGGCGGACGAGACAGCGGCGGUGCACUUUCAGAUGUGGGGUGACGAGUGCGAUGCGUUUGAGGCUGGAGAUAUCCUGAGUCUCCGUAAUGGGAUUUUCUCCUACAACAAUCGGAACAACCUCGUGUUAAGGGCAGGGAGGCGUGGGAAGGUUGAAAAGGUUGGAGAAUUCACAAUGGCGUUCGUGGAGACUCCCAAUAUGAGCGAGAUCCGGUGGGUUCCCUCAAAUUCGAGUAAUAAGACAUACGUUCAAGAAGCUGUUCUUUCUCCUUACUCUCGCAUUUUUCCACCAAAGCAUUGA